AACUUAUCUGCUUGAUCCUCCGAAACGGUCCUUCGAGAGCAGUGAGCUUGAAAUACGCGACCACUUCGCGCAUUCGGCUAAAUAUCAAGCUACCUACCUAUAUCUCCAUCCGCCUUCCUUGUCGACAUUUGGAAUCGAGGAAUCCUUGGCCCCCAAAGUUCCACCACCUCUUCGUCCCCGCCGUGUGCUCAAUGGCAACAGGCGGACAUCAUCCCCAAAACCCCUCCCCUCGAACCACCAACUUUAUUCCCAUACGGCCUUCCUUCAACACAUACCACAAAGAUGGACGGAACACGCGAAUAUCGUUACCACCAACCAGCCUGGUCCCUCGAAAGACCACCACGGAGACUCAAGGACUCGUGCGAUAUGUGCUCAGCAUCCAAGGUCCGCUGCGACAGACAGAAGCCCAUCUGCGGUCGAUGUGAUAAGCUGGCCUAUCCGUGUUUCUACAGCCCCGCUCGGCGAGUUGGCCGGCCACAGGGACGCAGCAGCAGACAGCCCAAGGUGAGACGCGAUUCGGCGAUCAGCGGAGUCGACUUGGAGAACGAGAGCAUAUCACUCGAGAACUCGGCGUAUUCCGUGAGCCCAAUCGCCCCAAUCUCACCCAUAACACGCCGAGAUUCGGGGGCCGUGGACCGAAGGAAUUCGGCAUCAUUCCCCUCCCCGCUAGACACGCCGCCAUCUUUGGGGUCUGUUACACCGCCGGUCCGCUCAUGUCAGCAGCGCCAACAGCAGCAACAACGGCAGCAUCAACCGCGGCAGCCGCGGCCUCAGCGGCAGCAAGAAUCCGAACGGUCUUUUGAUCCCGCCUGUGUUGGUUAUUCCGCCUCGUUAUCCGCCGCCUCCUCCUGCUCCUCGGCACCCUCGGCUCAGAAUGAUUGUGAGUCUGACUGUGUCGACCUCGCCAUGGCCACCCAAUGUCAGCUUGAGAUGGCAAGCAGCAGACUGAGCGCAACGCUUGCACCAGUCGGACCAUGGACGCCAGAAAUUAUCCAAACCGCAGAAGCCGCCAUGCAGACAGCCGGGCAGGCCAUGCGACGCAUGUCGACAACUUUGAUUUGCCCGUGCUCUAAAAGGCUCGAGACGGGAAUGGUUGUGAGCGCGGCGUGCCUGUCCAUCCUGGACUUGUACGGUGCCAUUGUCAACCGGUUCACUGCCCAGCCGCUAUGCAACCGUAGCCAUCACUCGCCGCUGAUGGCCAUCAUGUCGGACACGGCGGGUACGGAGGGCGGCAGUGGCGCCUUGGGGCUAUCCUGGGACGACGUGCUGUCUUCUUUUUCCCCGCCCGACGACGCGCUCCUCCAGGGUGGGAAAAAGAAGGAUCUGAUGUUGGUGCAGGUGCUCGGGGAGCUGUCCAAGCUGGCGACGGUGGUGUACCAAUUCACCAACCGGUACUGGACUAGAGCCGGACAGGCCCAGCCAGGGUCCUCCGAGAUGGAAAUUCUCCAAGGUCUGGCCGCACUCCUCAAGUCUAGACUCAAGGCGGCUGCCGACGAGACGGCGGCAAAGCUUCAGACGGCGCCGUCGCAUCGUGUAACCCGACAGGCAGGGACCGCAUAGUGCGGACGUUGGCAUGCAUGAACGGCUUCGUUUAGUUAUCCAUAUUCACUCUUUCACAUCACACAACAUGCAGCCGACCAGCUACCUAGGUUGCACACAACGAAUCACAGUCCUUGGAUAACCCUC